AUGAUAGCGGUUCUUGAACGUUGUACAUAUGAAGAGCUAAAUAUUCGGCAUUGCGUUCUAUCUUGGGGCCAUGAUCUUAUCACCUAUCUCAAAAACAGCGCCAUCGAUGCGGCUGGUCGAGCUACCGCGGCUCUUAUUCACCUACGAGUGACAGUUGAACAGAAAAGAGCAGCAUAUGAACAGGAAGGCUAUCGUCGAAGGAAUUCGCCAGUGUUUUGGAUAUUAACGAUUCCUGAGAUCGGUGAUUACGCUCAGCACUUCAAAAUAUUCAACAUGAUCAUUCGCACCCUUUUCACUACGCAGUGA